AUGGUAAUGCUGAAGGUAUGGCUGCGUGAGCCACACCAGUCAAAUGAUGAGGCGAUAAAGCUCGUGGUUGACGAAACAGCAGAUGUAUCUGAUGUGCUUCUGAAGGUGCCAGAGCUGCUGCGAGUGCAACACCUCAAGCCAUCGGAGAUUCAGGCCGAGUACAAAGACUCAGUGCUUUCUAACAGACUUGCUAUUGUGGCUGUUUUUGAAGGUGCCAACGAAGGCACUCUUGUUAUCAGGCCAAGACCGGGUGUAGUGAUUCCAAGUAGCCCAUCGAAUGGGUUAGCUGCUUCAGGUUGUGCGCGAGGAGGUGGCACGAGGAGCAUCACCUCGGGGAGCCCUCAGAAAGGAUAUUCACCUCCUUCGCCAAGGACAAAGGUCGUCCGAAAGGGCCCUGGCGGGGUUCCUGAACCACCGAAGAGAACAGGGUCUUUCAAUGGUUACAACGGCAAACCACCCGUAGCUAGGAGCUCUAGCAGGGGGCCGACACCACCGCGAGGUGUUGCAGGUAGUACUCCACGCGGUAUUACGGGUAGUACUCCACGCAGUAGAAAGCAAAACUUCAGCGAUGCCACGAGGGAUAGGAGUACAUCUAGUCGUAUCAUGACACCUAGACGUGAUGUUUCGGUUUCAAAUUCGGACCCCCAACCUCAGCGACGCCAACGACACAUCGAUCCAAAGGAUGUAGUAUCUCGCUUCCGCCAGGAGGCUGAAAAAGUGAGAGUAACUUCCAAGAAAAAGCAAUUGCUUCCAGUUUGUGACAGCUUUAAACCUCAAUGGGGAAAGCCUCUUUGCGCUACUUGUAACCACUCAAAGCAGGCCCAUUGGGUGUCGCAGAAGAGAAGAGACUCCGGAGUGCCUCAAGAUGCUUUAUCCGAUGGCGACAUCACUUCAAGUGAUGCGGGGAGACUACACAACACAAGCCCUGAUGGAAAGCCGUUAGUAGGCGCUGAGAACUCCAACAGCAACAACAACAAUAACUGCAGUAUCAUGGACAACAACAAUAACAAAAGUGGCGAAAAAAACAUCAACAAUGAAGACAACAACAUCACCGACACUGGUCUAUCCAUUGAAAAUGGAGACUCUUAG